AUGUCGAAAAGGAGUGUGAGUGUGUUACAGCCUGUUAUCACGACGAGCAAGCGCGUUGUUUAUGACAACUAUAGAAUGUUCAGUCGAAGGCCGUUGCAAUUUUCGGACUCUGCCUACUCUUUGAAAAGAGAUAGAAAGACAAAUCAAAUUUGGAUAGCAGGAAAUGGCUUAGUGGAUAGUUUGUUGAAUGAUGAUAACGCUGCUCUGUCUUCUAAUUCUAAUUCUGAAUCUGUUACGUGUAAUGUAACAUUUUCGAAAUACACAGUGCUGUUUCCGAGCCGAUAUACAGCAGCUCCCGUUUUUUACUCGAAAAAUCAAAUCGUCUACCACGUCACGAACGCUCCGAUGAUUUCCUUGUUCACUGUGGUAAUUGCACUUAUCUUUUUCUGGCUGUGGGAUAAGAACGUGGAUGCCACGGAAGUGGCAGUGAGCUACAGUUCAGUGAUGGAGAAAGGCGAGGUGUGGCGUGUCAUCACAGCAUCUUUUAGCCACUUGGAUUUAUUGCAUGUUGGACUGAAUUUGACUGCUUGCCACAUCGCGAUCAUUUUUAGCAUCAAUCUCUGGCUGGUGGUUAUGACCCAAGCCGUGCAUCUCUUUCUUGUCUGGCUGGCAGACAAGAUGAACCUCGAACAUGGAAAAUCCGUCUGGGGACUGGGUUAUUCUUGCGUGCUGUUCGCUCUAAUGACGACGAUUAUCUUGAAAGGAGAUACCCAGUGUCCCGUGAAUCUCUACGGAAUGUGCUUUCCCACUUACGAAUUCAAGCUUCUCCCUUUCCCGUCGACUUGCACAGGGAUUCGCAUCAAUUUGUAUCCGUUCGUGCUUCUCGUCGUGAUGAAGCUGAUCGUUCCCAUUUCCUCUUUCUUUGGCCACCUGGCCGGAAUUCUCGUCGGAAUCGUGAUCUCCACCGACCUCCUCUCCAUCCUCUCCCCCGUCACCUGCUGCGUCAGCGUGGAGCUUCUCUAUUUUGCCUACCACUUCUACCGAGAGAAGCACAAGCUCGUCGCAAUGAAGGCGACCUCCAUCGGCCAUAUGAUCAACUCGGAUACCAACGUGAAGUACAUGAUCGUACACAACAUUUCGUUUGUCCUGCUCUUCCUCGCCUCGGUGGGUAUUGCUGCCUUCUCGUUGGUUCACCGCGGUUUUAUCAACCAUGGCCGUGCGCAGGAUGCCCUCAGAGUUGGGUCUCCCACGCCUUAG